GAGCGGGGACCCCAGGCCCACGGAGCCCCCUCCGCUCCGCAGGAAGCCGCCUCUGUGGAUGUUGGGUGUCGAAGCCCAGAAGCCCCCCAAGGGGAAAUGGACCACGGCGCCCUUCGACCCCCGCUUCCCCAACCAAAACCAGACACGUAACUGCUACCAAAACUUCCUGGGUGAGACCUGGGGUGCAGGACGAAAAUCGCCAGACUACCACCGCUGCGUGAAGGCGAUGAACCGCCGCGGCAAGAGCGCGCAGCCCUGCGAGUACUAUUUUCGCGAGUACCGCUCCUUGUGCCCCAUCAGCUGGGUGCAGCGCUGGAACCAGCAGAUCCAGGACGGGACUUUCGCGGGCAAAAUCUGACCGCUUAGCGCGGUGCCUCCUCCGAGGAAGCGGGUCUGGUGUUCCUCACCUCUACCAUCCCUGCGCCACCACCCUCCCGCCCCGUCUCUGGGCACAAAUAAAGCUGUGUGGU